GGGAAUAGACGAAAGCUGACCAUCCCCCUGUAACAUUGGAUUACAGAAACCAGGGUGUGAACAUGAACGGUACAGAUGGUAUGCGGAGAGAUCAACAAGUCGCGAGGGGUAACACGCUGCAAGGCGGUGUUCGAUGAGUCUAGCUCUGGUCCGAUAGGCAUGGUAGAACGGAGCGGGAGCUCAUCUGUUUGUAAUGCCGCAAUGUAACCCGGGGCGGGCUUGGCAUACAUGUGAUGGUUGAAUCGUCCUCAAGUUCAGUACAUCGCCCUCGUUUCCGCCCGGAAGUUGUUGGGCGCCCGUCUUCUCUCUGCUUGCCAUCCAUCCAGCAUCCUCUGCUGCCGACGACAAGAAGAUCAUGGCGUCGGCCUUUCGAGAAGACACCUCACAUUAUGAGCCCAGCAGCCCUACCACCUCUAUACAUGGCGGUAGGGGUGAGGGCGGUGAAGGGACUACGAAUGCUCCGGAGAGGCAGAGUGACGAGACCUCUUCGGCCGAUCAUGUUACGGAAAAGACACCAGUCGCCGCGCCUCUUACGAAGAAGCAGAAAUUCAAACGCCAUUGUGGGCGAUUCUGGUGGUGGUAUCUUAUAGGACUGACCAUUUUACUCGCUAUACUCCUACCAAUACUGUUUCUAGUGAUCAUUCCAGCUAUAGUACAGCGCAUAUUGGAUAACCAGACGAUGCCCGUAACUGGGGGUGCAUUCGUAGCUAUAACACCAGAGAAACUCAAUAUAUCUAUCACGACGUCGCUCGACACGCCUCUGCCAGCAGAUAUAGAUCCAGUAACUCUAUUCAUGUAUAAUCAUGAGACACCCGCGUUUUCACCUUUCGCCAACAUCACUCUACCACCACUUCACAUAGACGGGGAAACAGAAAUAGUUCUUACCGACCAGACAGUCACAAUAACCAACGAGACUGAGCUUAUUACGUGGUUCGGGAACGUCUUUGACCAGCCGAAGGUCGCUUUAUCCACUCGUGGUGAUUCUAAGAUCCACUUAGGGGCGCUUCAUUCAAAUGGGCAUAUAGAUAAGACCGUUGAGGUAGACUCCUUGAACAAGCUUAGCGGAUUCGCGAUCGAACAUAUGCAGCUUCUCUAUCCAGCUCUAGAUAAUGGGACUAAUAUCCAGGGUACUCUCAACCUACCAAACUGGGGCGCGCUCACUCUCGGCAUCGGUAACCUGUCACUUAAUUUAAUGGCGGGUGACCUCCGAAUUGGUCUAAUCACCAUUUACGAGGUACUGCUCCCUCCGGGGAAUAACUCGAGGUACUUCAACGGCGAGCUAUACCUAGACGUUCUCAUACAGAACAUCGGGACGAUACUUUCCACCCAGUCAGACGCGCUGAACGAUGGGAACAUACAAAUUGACGCGGUAGGGAACGCGACUGUUGUCAAUGGUCAGCACAUCAGGUUCAUCGAGGCAGUCCUCAAUCAUAGGCGCGUGACGUCCACCAUACCGGUUACGAAGUUAAUGGGCGACCUCGUUAGCAGCUUCACCAAUGGUAGUCAAGUCAACAUACCCGGCCUACUAGACGAUGUAUUUGGUAACUCAACACUUAUUCAAGAAGUCUUGAGCCACUGGAACACGACGGAUAACGAUAAAGGGGCGAAGCUGAAGAGAUCCUUGCCUUCUGUCAAACGAGGGGUGUUUGGGUCAAGCGCAUUAACGUUACUCAAGCUGGGUAUGAAGAUGAGGAUGGGCAAGUACUGAGAUGGAAUUCUAAUAGGUCUAGCUCUGCGUGCUAGGUACUCU